GCUCGGAAAAAGGUUCUGUUCUGUGCCGCCGCGAGCGACAAGUUGCGUGACAAACAUAAUGUAUAGAUUGCAGAGUACCGACUCCUAAAUUUAUUGUUAUGACGCGGAAAACUCGACAAAAUGCAGGUAAUUAGGAGGCGCUACGGUCAACCACUUGUUUAAAGGGUUUAUUCUUUCUAUGUUGAAUUUUUAUAAUACUCGAUCUAAAUUCGGUGUUUUGAAAACCAUCAAAUGUUUUGACUUUUCUGUUAUUGUUGAUCCGAAUCGAGUGCGUGAAUAUUUCCAAUUGUUGUGAUGUCGUCUAUUAAGACAUUGAUCGCUAGUAUUGAAAAUGAAGAGAAAAUAAGGAAACAGACCAUUCAAAAUGAAUUCGAUGAGAAUAGGAGAAAGUAUGCAGAUAUUUUAAACAAAAUCAACUUCUUCAAAGAUGAAAAUAAAAAAAAUAUGGAUAGCAUCCUGAAAGGAUUGGAUAAACUGGUAGCUACCAAACAUACAAUUGAAAAAGCCCUGGAACAAACAGAGGAAAAUUUCACUAGCUUACCAGUACCAUUUGAACAACAUAGUGAAACCAUUGAAUUGAUUUCUAAAAUGGCAGAGUACAUCAGCAAUGCUGGUAGUACAAGCAAUGCAAAUGAUUUUGUGGCUGAUCAAAUACUUCAUGAUACUAUUGCAGUUACAGAAAGUGUAGAAAAUGAUCUCAAAGAAUGUCAUACUGAUUUUAAUCAGGCACAAGCUCUCUACAAUAAUACCAAAGUACUCAGAAGUUUGAUGGAUGAGACAAGUGAAGGAGAUCCAGAAGAAAAUAUUAACGAUUCAAUAUUUUCAUCAGAUCAGUAACCCACUGAUAUUGAAAUGUUAAGUUUUAAAUAAUAUGAAUCUCUAUACAUAUUUGAUGUAAUUUUAAUUGUAA